AUGCAGAGCGUCGAGGACCGAGUGACACCGCUCUCCGUUCUCACUAUGGCCCAGGAAGAGGAGCUGGGACAACAGCUGCAGGAAAGUGCCUUGGCUCAGCCAGAAGAUAUCCUCCACCUUCCAAAUAUCCACACCUUAAUGGCUCACUCUCAGGCCAACCAUGACCAUUUGCAAAAAGAAUUCUUCUCCCUUAAGAUCAGGAACUGCCCCCUGUUCAACGCUGUCCCACUUCCCCAUAUUGGUAAAAAAGUCCUGCCCAACCUGAGCCAGGCGACCAACGGAGUUGUGUCUUCUAAGGAAUCCCUCAACCUGCAUUUCUUACCCGAAAACCAGCUCUUGGAGAAGAUCUUCAGCUACUUUGACAGUACCUCGGUAGCAGGUUGGCAGGAGAAGUCUCAAGCUGUCCUUAGCCAGCUGGGCAAGUGGAGCGCUUCCAAGGAAAACUUCGUACAAUUUGCACACUUCUGGCUGUCUGAACUCCAGCACGACCAGAAGCAACAGUUGUUGGAACUGGAACUGGGGGUGAUCGAAGACGAAGUCCAUCUGGCAUUCCUGGAAGGAUUGGACUCCAAGGACCUUCAGCCUUCAGAGUUGAGUUCCAUCCUCUUGGUGGCCCUGAGCGAAUACCCAAUGGGGUUGGCCAGCAAUCAGCACCCCUACAUUUUUCUAGAUUACUUGAACCUCAUGUCUUCACCCAACGCCUCCGGAUACAGGGAGAUGCUUUCCAACAUCCAGUAUCCGAGCAAAAACCCUCAGAUCACUCAGUGGCUGCUCGCUAUACGAGAAUUUGCCCUUGCAAAUCUCUGGCACGCUAUGGUCAAGUUCUAUAAGGCAUUGGUCAGUACCCAACUCUCUUCUGAAGCAGCUGUCCAGAGUCCUAGUUCGGUUUCCAAACAAGAAGCUACUGAAGGCAUGAAAGAAAGAGCUCUGCAGGCUGUCCAGUGGGGAUACGCCGAUGUCUUGGAUUAUCUGGUCAGAAGCCAGAAGCUGGACCUGAGCAUCGUGGAUGAAAAGAACCGAAAUCUUUUAUUUUUGGCCACCAUCUAUGACCAGUCUAAGAUUCUGGAGUAUUUCCUUGAAAUGGCUCUUCCCGUACCUGACAUAAACCAGGCAGCCGAAAAUGGGAACACCCCCCUCCAUGCUGCAGUGAACACUGGCAAAAUGCAUCUAAUUUCUCUGCUUUUACAUUAUCCUGGGAUUAACGUGAACGUCCAGAACCCCCAGUGUGAUGGGGCCACUCCGUUGCACUUGGCAAUUGUUUAUGGGCAUCUGGGCAUUUGCUAUUUAUUGCUGAAUGCUGCCGCAGAUGUAAAUAGCGUGAUGGGAGGCCUGGCCCCUUUGCAGCUAGCCGAAAUGUUUGGCAAUGAAGCCAUCACGGGCUUGAUCAAAAUGCACGCAAAGAAAACCCAGCUCGAAAACACCAUCUUCGCUCGCUCUGCCUCCGAAGGAAAUUCGAUCGAAUUUUGA